AUGUUUAAAGUGAAAUUGUUGGUGCUCGGACCAAUGGGGUGUGGAAAAACAGUUUUGUCAAACUUUUUGUCCCGUGCUACGGAAAUGUCAAAUAUUUCCCCAACAGUUGGAGUCAGAAUUUUGGAAUUUGAACAAUCUGUGGAUCUGGAAGGCCGCAAUACUAGUGUGGAUGUGGAGUUGUGGGACUGCAGUGGAGACCAUGUAUAUGAAUCUUGUUGGCCAGCUUUUGCUCAGGGGGUCAAUGGAAUUCUAUUUGUGUUCAAUCCACAUCGUUCAAAUCAUGACAAAGAACUGGAAAACCUAUUCUCUUACUUCGUGGGCCAAUCAGGGCUCAGCCCUAAAUGUUGCCUGUGCCUCAGCAACCAACUGCCAGAGUCCCUCAAUGCAAGGCUCACAAGUGAACCCCCCCCAUCUUUUCACAACGUGCACUGCAUAGAGAGCAAUCUGGAAACGAACCCUGAUGCAGUUAGGGACGAAUUUAAAUUAUUUUUAUCUUCAGUUCUGGUGGCAAUAUCAGACAAACAGAAUCAAGAAGAACUGAGCAUCAUGAAUCGCAGAUAA